AGCUGUUAUAUUUUACUGAUUCUCGUUACUCUGAUCAGGAGGGAUGUUCUCUCCAUGCAACCAUGGCAACAAUACCUCGAGUCAUUAAGGACAGAUGUCAAUCAAGUUCUGCGAGAGGACGUCUGCUUCCCUCGUGAAGAUGUUUUUUGUGAAGAGAAUAAUAUCGAUGUCCACAACAUCAGACAAACUGUGUUCGCUAAUUUACAUACCCAGUCGACGUCAUCGCGAGAGGCAUUCCGAAGAUGGAGCAUUUUGAGGGAGUUUUCCCAGCAACUUUGUGACCUAAACACAUUAAGCCUAGCUAAGCCGAGUACUUUCACAGAAUCACCUUUCAGCAAAGACCUGAAUAGAAUAGUAUGUAAUACACACGAUGGUCCCAACUGUGAUUGGGCCCGCACGAGCAGGUAUCGGACAGUGGACGGCACGUGUAACAAUCUCAUCAACUCACGCUGGGGGGCUGCAAGCACUGUCCAGAAGAGAAUGAUUCCUCCCUAUUACGAGGAUGGUCAUUCCACGCCUCGUGGUUUAUAUCGGAUCUAUCCUAAGCCUCUACCUAAUCCUAGAGAAAUAAGUGAGCGACUUUUCUCUGAACAGAGCGGUCAAACGGACGACGAUGACAAACACUCUCUCUUUCUGUGGUCAUUCGGCCAGUUCGUGGACCACGAUUUGACUUUUACUCCAACAAUGGAUGAAGGUGGCAAAACUCUUCCUUGCUGUGACGAGAAAUACAAACGUAAUAUAUCGACUGGAUGUUUCCCUAUUAUACGUGACGUUCAAGCAAUAGAGGAGUGUAUGCCCUUCGUUAGAUCCGCACCAGCUGAGGAGCCAAAAAGACCCGAUACUUGUGGGACGGAUCACCGAGAACAGAUUAACGAGUUGACGUCCUUCAUAGACUGUGGUAAUGUUUAUGGGAAUACUUUAAUCGUGUCGAAAGCUGUGGAUGCUGGCGUCUAUGGUCUAUUGAAGUCUUCCAACAGGGGACGUAAUCUUCCGCGAGGAAAUCCUAAUCAUUGUAAAGAUGGAAGACAAGACGCUUCCUUUUGUCAGCUAGCUGGCGACAUUAGAGUCAACGAGGUACCUUCCCUGGGAUUAAUGCACACACUUUUCCUUCGCUUCCACAAUAUUUUGGCCAAAAAACUGAAUAUCCUAAAUCCAAAAUGGACGUCCAAUACGAUCUAUCUUGAGACGAGACGCAUUAUGGGAGCGGUCAUGCAGCAUAUUAUAUACAACCAUUGGCUUCCUAAGGUUAUCGGCCCUGGGUUAAUGAACCAAUACCGUCUGUAUUCUUAUCCAGCGGGCCAAGAAUCCAGCUUCCGGUACUAUGACACUAUAGAUCCCAGUAUUCUGAAUGAGUUCUCAACAGCUGCUUUUCGAUACGGACAUGACCAGAUUCCCGGUUUUCUGGAAAUAAACAAUGCAAGAUUUAAGAUUGAUGAUGUCCUAAUGGAAACACAAGAAAUAAUUUCUGAUGGAGGCGGAAAUCUCCGAUCAUUAACAGAACAUUUAAUGAGAACACCCGCCAAAAAAGUGGAUAGUCGAUUCGAAGAGGGAAUUCGAGAGCGCCUUUUUAAGACUGGAGAUAAAGGCUUAGAUUUGCCUGCACUAAAUAUACAGAGAGGGCGGGAUCAUGGACUGGCCCCUUACGUCAAAUAUAAAGAGAGGUGUAAACAAGGAUAUGAGGGGCUCCCUGAUCACGAGGAUGAGCGAAGGAAUAAGUUAAUGGAAAUAUAUGGCGGGAAUAUAGGUGAUAUAGAUCUAUUUCCGGGGGGAAUAUCAGAAAAAGCGGUACCAGAUGGGCUUGUCGGUCCGUUGUUCGGUUGUAUUAUCGCAGCACAGUUUCAGCGUCUUAAGUAUGGCGACCGGUAUUGGUACGAAAACUUAAACUCGUAUCCCAAUGUCAGAUUUACUUCCGAACAGCUUUCUGCCAUAAAAUCGAUGACCUUUGGUAAAAUAUUAUGCGAAGUUUUCAGUGAGGAUUCGAAUCCACUGGCAAACGUUCCUGCUGAUGUUUUCAAAAUCAAUCAGGCGUCAACAAUUACAUGUGCUGAUUCAAAAAUGGAUCUUAGUUCGUGGGGAGUUGUGACAAAUAAAUGAGAUUAAUCUGAGUGUAUUUAAAUAACCAAACAAGCAUUAAAAUUAAUACUAAUGUAACUUAAAAAGACUUUUUUUUCAAUUUAGAACUUCAACAACCAUUGAAAAAACGUGAUAAA